AUGUCCGACGGUGACGUCUCGCUGAUUCGCGACGAGGACUUGUUGCGACGCAUGUGGCAGCAGACUCAAGACUUCUCCCGGAAGAAAGAGAUUCGUGCCCACAUGUACCGGCUGCGUGAGGAGCGCCUUCGCAACCUCUACUCCCCGGAACCGAACGCAGAUACGAAGGGUUGUGAGUUCACGUCAUCGCAGGGACAUGUGAAGUCGUUCGCCGAUCAAAGCUUCCAAUCCAUGAAGAGCAAGGAGGUGCGCGACGCGGGCUCCCCGCCCAAGGAGUUCACGUACAGCGGCCAAGGUGCCACCUCCAUCCCUACCCAGGCA